GUUGAUUUCAAUGGACUAUAGAAUAAAGUUAUGUGACUUCGGUUUGGCUAAAGAGGUCCCAAAUUGUGAUCCGUUUCGUAUGUCUAAAGCCAAACAUACGGCAGAUGUGGGAACUGUUGACUAUAUGGCACCGGAAGCCCAGACGAAAGAUUACAAUCAUUUGACAGAUAUCUACAGUCUAUCCCUAAUCGGGGCUCAAUUAUUUGGUUUCGAUACAUACGAUAUAAUUGAGGGAAAGGUCAACGUACCGACUGACCAAGAGUACUAUACAAAUAAAACCAUCCCUUCGGUCGAGGAUAUUGUCAAUGAAUUCAACGACAUUUUCGCGGAUAAUAUC